AAGUCCCACCCUCAUCAAUAUUGAGGGUCAGAAAUCCAGCAAUGUCAAACUCAGUGACCUGGUUUGCAUGACCAAGGACGAAUCCGCACGACACGAGAAGGAGAUCCUGAAGGGCGACAAAGCACUAGCAGAUAUAUACGACCAAGAGACGAUAGACAAGGUAGAAGGGCUACUCAAAGAAGCGGCCAAGUAUGAGAAAUAUAGAUGAUGGGUGUUAGCAUUCUUGGCCAGCCUGCAUUCUGGCCUUUUUUUCUCUUCCCUUCCUUUUUUUUUUUUUGUCUUUUGUGGAGCAUUGAGUUGGCAUUUAGACAAUCACAUACGUCAAUGAAUACCUUACAAGACGCCAUACGAGAUGCCCAUUGGUUUUCGUCGACAGAAUUGAUUCUUAAUCAACCUGUUCGUGGCAUAACCUUAUUUUCUAUGGCGCUUGGACACAAUUAUCUGGAGAUGAGAACUGCUAACCCAGAGAUUCAAUGCCGCGUAGUCACCAAGACUUUCACAUCCGAAAAAGGGGUAACUAGGCCAUCACUUGAUUGGUGGUUGUCCACAAGCAACAAUGCUACCUUCCUGGUUCAUCAUAGCAUUCCGCGGGGUGCAGUGGCUUACAUAAAGCGUAUUGUAAAUUGCCAAACGACCCAGGAGACUACCAUGCGGUUAGAGGUCUAGGCAGGAGCAUCGGGAUACAAGAGCACCAUCCUAAUUGAGCCAAUGACGAACUAUCGGCAGCCUAUUCCUCAAGAUCAUUCAUUGGGCCAAUAUGGCAAACAAGCGAUGGAGUGCAACCAAGCUCUGGCAAAUUUGACGCCUGAGCUUAUCUACUAAGUGAGGUGGUACUAAUGUAAGAAAGUCUAAGUUUCCCUGCGAAAAGGUUUUGGGUUUGCUGGGGCGUCUUCUAUACUUAUAGUAGAAGCCCU